AGUUGCACACGGAAGUGUUGAUCACGUGACACGGUUCCAGCGUAAAUAUUUUUCUCCUCACAGCGAAUGAUCCCUGACCCCGCAGUUUUAGCCUCAUGAAUGAGUGUUACUUCACUUUCCCUUAGUUUAAACUACGUAGAUUUUUGCCUAGUACCCCCAGCGCGUUAGAAUAUUGAAAAUAAGCUGAAAAAAUGAACGUGGAUCAUCCUCAAACUGGACAGACCGGAGCAGCCGCCGCGUCCAUCACAUCUACAUCCAGCAGCAACUGCGUCCCGAACAGCAGCUCCACACACGCCAGCAGCAUCCCUGCGGUGGGCAGCAGUAAUGUUCCCACUUCGGCUGCCAUGGCAACCCCAUCAUCCGACUCCACCGUGUCAAACGGGGUUUAUGUACCCACAGGGAUCGCCAAUGGAGAUGUGAAACCCGUUAUCUCAACUACACCACUGGCCGAUUUCCUGAUGCAGUUGGAGGACUACACUCCUACAAUCCCAGACGCAGUCACAGGAUAUUACCUCAACCGAGCUGGUUUUGAAGCAUCAGAUCCAAGAAUAAUCCGUCUCAUAUCCCUGGCGUCACAGAAGUUCAUCUCAGAUAUUGCAAACGAUGCACUACAGCACUGCAAAAUGAAGGGCACGGCAUCCGGAAGCUCUCGAAACAAGGCCAAGGACAAGAAAUACACGCUGACAAUGGAAGAUCUGACACCGGCCCUGACAGAGUAUGGCAUAAAUGUCAAGAAACCUCACUACUUCAUCUGAGGGGACGUGCCUCGUUCAAAUGGACUGCUGGAAAUGUGCCGUUUGUCACAUCAGAGCUUUCAAGACAUUAUCCCCUCAGUGUGGGAAUCAUCAGCCCAGAGCUUUUAGGGAUUUAGCGACUUUUUUGCAUUUUCUUUAAUCGCGUUUAAGUUGUUUGAUUACACCACGCCAUGUGACUUUAGUUAAUGUUAGUAAAAUGCUGUACAAAUAAAUUCAUUGUAAUUAAGUUCUUCCUUUUGUUUGUGUAAUUGCAUGUCUUCUGUUACUGAAGCCUACUGGGAUCAGUUAUCAUAGAAGUCAGUCUUAAUUUAACUACUGUAGAGAGUUUACAUUUGUGACGUCAGUUCAUACACUGUCUAAACUUCUCAUCUCUGCUUUAUGGAUUUAGUUUCACGCCAUAAGAGGCAUGAGCCGUAAUGUGUGGCAGUAUUAAUAGUAUCUGGAGCUGCUCUCAAGUUUCCCUCUCUGUGGUGUAGUACAGCUGCACGCUCAUCACACCAUCCAAACAUGAUAUAAAUAAUAAUACAAAAAUACUAACCUUUGCUUUUAGCUGUAUGUGCUCACUGGCAAAUGUAAUGCAGCUGCAAGCUCAAUAGGGUGACAGUGCAGUUAUACAGUGAAAUAAAAAACCAAAGCAAUGAGAUUAUUUCUCUGCGUUUAUUUGAGAAACAGUGGAUUAAUAUCCUUCAUUUUUUUAAGCAUUACUAUUUCCCCCCAAAUGAUUUGCACAUUUUCCCAUUUCCAAAGAAAAAAAGUGAACAAUGUUUCUCCUGUUUAUAAAAUUGCACUUUUAACCUCAUUAUGUAUUCAGACACAGACACACAGGCUGAGGUGGAAAGAGAAAGUGUGUGAAUCUGCACAAUGCAAAUGCACCAACAAAAUAUUAUACUUUGCAAUUAAAUAUAAAACCAUGUUCUGAACAGAAAUGACACAUCAAGCCUUGUACAACAGAAGAUUUAAGACUUCAAUCGGUGGCAUCGUUCAAUACAUUUUCCUGUUUUUCAAGUUCAACUAUAUUUCAAAAAGGUGCAACGUUGCAGCAGUAGUCAGCUACUAUGUUUAGAAGAUUCACAAAACUGGUACAUU